UCGCACCUCGUAUAAAGAAUAUCUCGACAGUUUCUGUCAUCUGAAGGAAGUCAUCACUAAUUCAGCAGUAGCCACGUACUGAAUUGGUAGGUGUCUUCCCCAACAAGAUGAAUGUGGUAGAUGCUUCAAGCAUUUGUUGUAACUUGCGUUAACAGUAAGUUCUUAGAGGUGCACAGUAAUUUUUGAUUCACCUUGUAGACCUGUAUUCGUUCUCUAAUCCAAUUUCAUUUUAUCCCCUCACAUACACAUUGUAUAGUUCGUUGUUAAAUUAAUUCUGCACGUAAAAAUACUUGACAUUCCGUUCAGGCCUACUGAUUCUACAUAUAUUACUGGCAUUUAAAAUAAUGGUUUCGGAAUGUUAGUAACUCGUACAAUUAGAAUCUCUGGGUUUCCUGACUUUGCUAAUCGUGUAGUAUUCCGAACAAAAUACGUUUCGGAAAUUGCAUUUGUUUCCAUCCUCAGGUCUAGAAACCCAUCAAUAGAAAAUGUUACUUUUCCACUGAAAACCAAUUCAGUGGACGUUAUUGCCUACUAAGUGAAUCAUAUGUGUAUUGAAACAAUAAAAGUUGUAGUCCGUACUGAAAUCUGUGUUUAUAUCAUGCAUGAAUAAAUGUUUCGUACGAUAAGUAGUUUUAUAAGAGUGAUAAAUAUCUACUUAGCUAUGUGUUUAAUAGGGGUUGUACUGGGCUGACAUGAAAUAAAUGAAAUUCACAUUCAAAUCUGCUUUCAUAGAAAUCUGUUUGUCUCGUUUUAGAAUUGAAAUCUUUAGACCGACAGGCACGACAUUUUAUGCAUUUGGAAAGAAAACACAGGCCUAGUAGAAACGAGAACAAAGCAGCAGUCGGAACCACGAUUUCUCAACGGAGACCGCAUAAUACAGAACGGAGUUUGAAAACUGAACCUAGUUGACUGAUAACUAUUAUCUCAAUAUCGCUUAGAAGGAACAAGGAAAACUAGAAUACAUCUUCCAAAUUCUGUCCAUAUCCAUCAAGUGGUUCGAGAGGUAAAUCGUACCGGGCGUACUUACAGGCGGGCGUUUUAUUUCUAUAAGGGAAAUAACAUUAAAUUAGGCCACGACCGCUUCCUUCCACUCCAGUUCAUUAUUCACUGUCAUACUGUCUUUCGACCAGUCUGAAACGGCGUCGUUAAAUAAACUUUUAAACAAAUAUUAGGUGUGUUGAUGUAGGAGGCCUUGGGGCUUUAUAAGAGGAGGUGGGGCAUUUUUAAUACGUAAGAUAGAACUCAGCGUUGUUUGCUGUAGACAACCUCCUAACCCUAGUCUCACAGAUGUUUCAGUGCAAGAUCUCGUUUAGCAGCCAUCUGGAUGUCAAGUCAUCGUUCACAUUCUUAACCAGCGUCCCACUGCCGGAUUCUUUUCGUGACUGUCCUUGCUGUAACAAGUAACGUUCAAAACAAAUGACGGUUGAAGCUCGAAACUUUUUUCAGUAGAGCAGGAUGCUUCGUCAGAAACUGGUAGUAGUUCAACUUGUCAAGGGAUUCCUCCGCAUUUUAUGGAACCCAAUAUUCGAUUCCGUAUUACAUUCCAGUCCUUGGUUUUAAUUAUUUGGUCUGUAACACUGCUGUGCCCCAGUAUGACUUCUGAUUAUCGCUUUUCUAUAAAACAAAUUAGUUCUGCGUUACUGCAUCAUCGCCAUAGUCGCAGUAAUAGUAGCCAAUAGUAGAAUCAGAAAUACCUGCAAGCACGUUACUGCGAUUUUUUGCGAAUAAAUUCAUGGCAUCUGAUAAAUAAGAUGCCAAACUAUGCACACGUUUUAAAUUAUGCAUUAUUUUUUUUUGUCUUCAUUCCUUACUUUACUAACAUCACUUAAUGUUUUGCGAAGAUACGCCACAUUAAACUUCAGAACAAAAAUUCAACUACGAACAAGCGAACUAAUGAAAUGAAGUCGCUGAAAUGGAGGAAUGACUGCAUAUAUCAACAGUCAAUAUCAAAAUUGAAUCACGGUAUUGUUUAAAUAAGCGAGAGGGAGUUCACGAUGAUGAAUAUUUGAUCAAAAGCACUUAAUCAUCAUGGUUUGAGGUUUGUUUGCUAUUUUGCGAAAUUCCUUUGAAAAAUAUUUCUGUUAAUUCAAACUAUAAAAUUAUCAUGUGAUUCUGGAAAGUUCGGUGCCUAAUUGUAGUGUAUCUCUGUAGGUGGCAGUAAGUGUUGAUGGAAAGAGGGUAUUUAGUUUCAGAGUCUCGCAGUAGGUGGCGGUAUAGAUUGAUAGUUGGUAUGUAACGUAUAUUAAUUUUAAUUUCCGCCAGUAGAUGGCAGAAGAGGAUGGCGUAUUCAGUGCUAAAGUCGUAACACAUUUUAUGUCGCUUUUGAACUCACCCUAAGGUAGGCCCCACACCGGCAUGCAUCAAGACAUGUAACAGUCAAGACACGAUGUCUGCGACGACGCAAAGAAAGGAGCACAGUUGAAACGAAUGAGAUUAUGAAAACCGCCGCACACCGGUCUGAGUCAUGAUGCUGACGUCAGCUUCAUGCUGCAGACACGUGCAGUAAGACUCGGCAUGUUCUUUUUCUUUGCGUCAAGACUGAGACAUCAGUACUCAAGGAACAGCACCAGUGUACGUUAUCGACAUGAGUGAAGACCAAAUAAAUAUUAAAAUAGUGCAGACGGUUGAGAAAUUCCCGGUAAUAUACGAUUAUUUGUCCCCGGGCCACUCAAACAAGGAGGAGGUUGAUAAAGCUUGGCUUGCAGUUUCAAAAGACGUCAACAUAAAUGUUAACUCUUGCAAAGAAAAAUGGAGGAACUGCAGAAACUGCUGGGCGAGAUAUUUGAGACAGACUCCUCCUGUCAGUGGUUCUGCCGCCAGACCCAAGAAGCCUUACUACCUAGCAGAAUACUUGGCCUUUCUGACUCCAUUUACGAAGUCACGAAGGCAGCUGGGAUCUAUGGAGAUUCCUCCAACAACAGAGAAGCUUUCCCCAACAAUAGAAGAAGACCCUGUAUCUCCCACCACCACAGAAGUACGGAAUGUGAGCGACCAUGAAGAAAUGCAAUCGCUACCUCCACCACGCGAAAUUCGCAAAAAAAGGGAGAGAUCCAAAAUGGAUAUUGAUGAGGUUUUCACCUCAUACCUAAAAACGAAAGCGAAAAGGAUACCUGGAGAAAGGUCAGACAAUCCAGACCUUUGCUUUUUCAAAAGCCUUUUGCCGGAUGUCGCCAAAUUAACACCUGUCCAGAAGAGCGCAUUCAAACUAUUUGUUCAACAAAACUUACAUGACACGUUGUACAGCUCAUCAGCUGAUUUUCAAAAUGCGAGUAAUGUGAAUCAGGCUGGCCCUUCCACUUCCCAAUAUCACUAUUUAAAAGUGAGUCAGUCCAGCUCUUCUUCAGGCUCUUGUACGCCAUUGCCCUCCCCAUGAGAUGGACGUUUUGAUCCUAGUUAUCAGAUGUGAGUUGCCACCAUGUCAUUGAAAACUGUAGCCUUUUCUAGGUUAACGUACUCAAAAUUUUGGACAAUUAAAAUUAAACAUUAUUAUCAACAAUAAUCCCCUAUUGUUGAUAAUAAUGUUUAACUUUCACAGUGAAACGAUUCGAUCAUGUCUAAUGAACAUUUAAAAUAAAUAUGCACAAUUUGGCGCA